AUGACAACGCCAAUAGCUACAUUGCGUCAACUAGGUUGGAACAAGAACAAGCUGCUACGACCUUGCGAUAUUGUUCUUGGCGGCAUUUGGUUAGGUCCUGGAAGUGGCAGCCAUGGCAACGGGAAUCAUCCAGAUCCCUGGCAAGAAAACUCCAAUGCACUGAUCCGUGCCGCCGUAGAGGCGGGCAUUGAGGACUUUGAUACGGCACCAUGGUAUGGAGCUGGUGCUGCUGAAGAACGAAUGGGAAGAGCCAUCAAGGCACUGGCAGCAGAUGCAGACAGUAAACUGCGCAUUGGCACCAAGGCAGGCAGGAUUUUCUUCGAACCACCAAUAAGUGGCAAUAACAGAGCGUUGGUACCUGCUUUGGCUGGAUUUGACCAACCCACGCGCCCGCCCUUGUCAGCAAGAAUCUGCCGUAAUGACUACACUGCACAAGGGGCCCGCCGGAGCUUGGAGCACUCCUUGAAUCGUCUUGGUCUACAAGGUGUGCACACCUUGCGGAUCCAUGACCCCAAUGACAACUCCAACAACAAUCGACAACAGUCCACUGAAUCAUCAUUCGUUGAUGAAGUAGAACAAGCACUGGCGACACCCGAUGGCAUGAUUGCAGAAUUGAGAGCCAUGCGAGAUGAGCAAGGAAUCAUUCGACAUGUAGGACUUGGCAUGAACACCAAUCGGGAAGGACACAUGGGUGCUCCAGACCAAGUCUUGCGUCUGUUACACGGCACUCCACGGGGAACGUUUGAUUCUGCGCUGCUGGCCGGUGGAUGGAAUUUGCUGUGUCGGACCGGCUGGGAAUGUCUGGAGACAUGCCACACUCUGGGAGUUCAGGUUCAUGUGGCGGGCAUCUUUGCCUCGGGCUACUUGGCCGACGACAACAAAUCAUAUGCCUACAAGGAGGACACUACUCCAGCGUCCCAUCUAGUUGCACUGAAACACCAGUGGGCCACUUUGGCCAAGGAGUAUGGCUGCUCCCUGGCAUCUGUGGCGAUUGGUUUUGCCACAUUACCUCCUGCCGUAACCAAGUUGACGCGGCCGACCUGGGCUUGA